CCACCAGGCCAGAGUAUUUAAACAGCUGACGAUAAUGAUCGAUAAUCAUUCAUUGACGUGCUUCUCGGCUGGCCAUUUGUUUCUUUUUAUGAAGUAAUAUACGGAAGACUCGAAAAUAAUAGUUCCUAAAAAUUUUUCAAAAAAGGUUGCUUUCGUGCUGAAAAUCAAAUCGAAAUUAUGGACACUGCAUCACUACUUACCGGGUUAUUGUCUAAUGCCUUGGCAGCAGUUCAGUUGAACUCCAAUGUCCAAGAAUCUCCAACUGAAAAGAUUAUUACCAUGAAGGAAGUUUCUUGCCACGACGAUCCUAGUGACUGCUGGAUAAUCAUAUAUGACAGAGUUUACGACGUCACCGAGUUUUUAAACGAGCAUCCUGGAGGUGCCGAUUUGCUUCUGGAAUUUGCUGGUAGAGAAGCCAGCAGUGCCUUCAGAGGGUCCGGCCACAGUUCCCAAGCCUUGAGAGCUCUUGAUAGGUUUUGUGUAGGAGAAUUACCAAUGCAGGAACGCAUAUUCAGGAAACCUGGAGGAUAUAAGCUCAGCGACAUACCGGAAUAACAAUUAGAACCACUUGAAAUAGUUGUAGACGUCUUGAUUCCGAUUUACCUGUACUUGUAUUCUUAACAUUUAGUUGAAAUUUUCGUGAAUAUUUAUUCGUUACUCUAGUAAGCAUUUUUUUCUCAUGUAUGAGAUGAGGUAUUAUUUCGAUUCAGUAUUAUAGUUGUGUAGGGGUAAUUAAAUGAAUCAUGCCAAUGAAAAUAUUUUCAUAGUAGUAUUCGAAUAAAUUGUUACCUGAA